GGGAGGCAGGAGUCAGGAGGCGGAGGAGGAGGAGCAGGAGGAGGCGCGGGAUAAAGGAGCGCUCGCUGCUCCCGCUCGCUCUCCAGCGGGGCUGAGGGAGGCAUCAUGGCCGCGAAGUCGGACGGGCGGCGGAAGAUGAAGAAGGGCGGCGAGGUGGCGUUCACGCCGCUGCAGAACUCCGAACACUCGGGCUCCGUGCAGGCGCUGGCCCCGGGGCUGCCCGCCGGAGCCGGGCCGGGCGGCGGCAGCGACGACGAUGAGGCGCCCGGGGGCGGGUGCUGCAGCGGCGGCGGCGGGGACGGCUCGGGCGGCGGCUCCCGGUGCUGCUGCUGCUGCUGCAGCGGCGGCAGAGGAGGAGACGGCGGAGGGGGCGGUGGCGGGGGCUCCCGGGGCUCGGGCGGGGGCUCGUCCUCCUUGUGCCUGCGGCUGGGCAGGGAGCAGCGGCGCUACUCGCUGUGGGACUGCCUCUGGAUCCUGGCCGCCCUGGCCGUGUACUUCGCGGACGUGGGCACCGACAUCUGGCUGGCGGUCGACUACUACCUGCGGGGCCAGCGCUGGUGGUUCGGGCUCACGCUGUUCUUCGUGCUGCUGGGCUCCCUCUCCGUGCAGGUCUUCAGCUUCCGCUGGUUCGCGCACGACUUCAGCACCGAGGACAGCGCCGCCGCCGCCGCCGGGCACUGCCCCGCCGCCGAGAGCAAGCUGCUGGUGAGCAGCGGCUCCGCGGCCGCGGACAUCGACGCCGCUCGCCCCAGCACGCCGCAGAGACAGGCGUCCACUGCCAGCAAGGGCAACGCCACCAACAGCAGCAGCAACAGCAGCAGCAACGCCGCCGGCAGCGGCGCCGCCGGUCCCCGCGCUGGCGGCGGCCGGUCCGCGUCCUGCGCCUUCUGCAUCUGGCUCCUGCAGUCGCUCGUCCACAUCCUGCAGCUGGGGCAGGUCUGGAGGUAUUUUCACACAAUGUACUUGGGUAUCCGGAGUCGACAGAGUGGAGAGAAUGACAGAUGGCGGUUUUAUUGGAAAAUGGUGUAUGAGUAUGCAGAUGUGAGUAUGCUGCAUUUGCUAGCCACCUUUCUGGAAAGUGCACCACAGCUGGUCCUGCAACUCUGUAUUGUUGUACAGACUCGUACACUCCAGGCUCUCCAAGGUCUUACUGCUGCAGCAUCCCUUGUAUCCCUGGCUUGGGCUUUGGCUUCCUACCAAAAGGCCCUCCGUGACUCCCGCGAUGACAAGAAACCCAUCAGUUACAUGGCUGUUAUAAUCCAGUUCUGCUGGCACUUCUUCACGAUUGCAGCAAGGGUCAUUACUUUUGCUCUGUUUGCCUCGGUUUUCCAGCUGUACUUUGGGAUCUUCAUCGUGCUGCACUGGUGCAUCAUGACCUUCUGGAUCGUUCACUGCGAGACGGAGUUCUGCAUCACUAAGUGGGAGGAGAUCGUUUUCGACAUGGUUGUUGGGAUAAUCUAUAUCUUCAGCUGGUUCAAUGUCAAGGAAGGAAGGACACGCUGUAGGCUUUUCAUUUACUAUUUUGUCAUCCUUUUAGAAAACACCGCCUUGAGUGUUCUCUGGUAUCUGUACAAGGCCCCUCCAAUCUCUGAUGCAUUUGCCAUACCAGCACUGUGUGUAGUGUUCAGCAGCUUUUUAACAGGCAUUGUUUUUAUGCUAAUGUACUAUGCCUUCUUUCACCCCAAUGGACCAAGGUUUGGGCAGUCACCAAGCUGUGCUUGUGAGGACCCUGCCACUGCCUUCACCCUUCCCCCAGAAGUGGCCACAAGCACACUGCGCUCCAUCUCCAACAACCGCAGCGUCACCAGCGAGCGCGAUCAAAAGUUUGCAGAGAGGGACGGGUGUGUGCCUGUGUUUCAGGUGAGACCCACUGCACCAUCCACACCUUCAUCCCGGCCACCAAGGAUUGAGGAGUCUGUCAUUAAAAUCGAUCUGUUCAGGAACAGGUACCCAGCAUGGGAGAGACACGUGUUGGACAGGAGCCUGAGGAAGGCAAUCCUAGCGUUUGAAUGUUCCCCUGCUCCUCCACGGCUACAGUAUAAAGAUGAUGCCCUUAUUCAGGAGCGCUUGGAAUAUGAAACCACAUUGUAAACAAAGCAAAAACACAGCUUGAAGCAGCUCCAAUGUUGCAGUCCAAAUUAAGGGUUGACAGUAGGGCUGUAGGAACAACUAAACUGCGUACUACAAGUAGAGCAGCGAGCUAUAGUGUUCUUAGUCUGGCUAUCAUCAUGAUUAUCAUUUGAUCCACUGUGUGCAGUCUGUCUGCAGGACACUGAUACAGCAGCAUCUUCUGAAAGCCUCAAAAACCCCAAACCCUGACCCACACAUGCAAAUCAGUUACACGAGCUGGGGAACUCACCCACCACACUUUACUGCUAUGAAACUCUGACUGCACAGUACUUGCAAUCAAACUAAUAAUAAGGCUCUGACCAGAGCUUUCAACUUCAGCCAGUAGUGCUUUUUAUUUUAGAAAUGAAUUAUUGAUAUUUCUAUAAUCAAUGGCAAAAACAAAAAAAACCCACACCUUUUCAAAAGCAAUGAAGCUGUAGCACGCGGUGUUGCUGUUAGGAAAACUGUUUUCUGGGGCAAAAAACAGGAGCUUAGUAGUCUUCAACACUCCCAUAAAUCAACCAUUCAGGUUAGAAUAGGAUUGCAAAAUAGUUCUUAAUUAAAAAGAAAUGUCAUCAUGUUUAUAAGGCUGUCAGUGGAAAAGAAACUAAAUUCUGAUGAAUUAGGUCGUUAAAAUUAAUACUACCAGAACUGUUUUCUGUGGAAUUUCCAAGUCUUUAUAAAUGCAAUUUAACUUCUUGAUGUUAUUUUCAACAGAAACUCUAUGCAGCUCACUUCUGGGUUUGAGGAGAAAUAAGGAGCUCUAGCACGUAGUGAUAUUCAUUAAAUGAUAAUCAUGAUUCAGUGUUCAAUCUGCAAAAAAAAAAAAAAAUAAAUGUAAAAGAACAAGGAAGUAUAGUUUUCAUAUUCUAAACUUUUGGAGGACCCCACUCAGAUAUCUCAGAAGAAACUACAAGGAGCUGAACACACUGAAACUUCUCUGUUUCAGGACUGAGAAUGCAUGAUUCAGUGUGUGAAUGUAUGCAGGUGUGACAAGAGACUGACAUGCCAUACCCUUCUAGUGCCAAACAUUGUAUAACUGCAAGGUUGAUACUGCCUGAGGGACACAACAAAGUGGCACAAGCCCUACCAGAAAAAGAAGCAGGAAAGACCAACCAAGCUCUCAAUGCGUAGAGACAGCUCUGAUUUUUUCCCACCCAAGGUGAAAGUGAUGUCUUUUAAGGCUUUCAGCCACCUCUUAGUAAGUAUAUUCACCGAAGUAUAAUAUAAACAAGUUAUGUGGAAGAACCUCUUCUGCCUGUUCAAGACUGGUGUCCAGACGUGUCUAAAAAUUAGAGUCUCUUGUAAUAGAGUGCUUUUGCUGCAAGCUUUUGGGUUUUAAAUACCUCCCUAAAUCUAGUUAAUGGUAUUAUACUUUAUGUUAAAAGUAUCCCCUGAUGGUGCUUUCAGAUGCAUUAAAGGUGCAAGUCAAAAUUUGAUAGUAUUUUUUUUAAAGCUGGUGCAGAGUGAAAAACUCAUGGAUUAUUUCAAUAUUUUUGUAAAGUAAAAAUAUGGUAUAAAAGGUUACUUUUUAUAAACCUCAAAUCUUUUAAUACAUUUCAUUCUCUUUAUAGCUUAGAUUUUAAGAAUUGGUCCAUGAAUUUUAUUAAAUGGCUUUUGCAGGUUGACAUAAACCUGUUUUUCACACAUUAUGGAUUUGUUUUGCAGUGUAAUGCCAUAUGAAAGCCUACAUGGGUACUUUUAGAAUACUCUAUAAACUGUGGAUCCUGCUUCAAAUGUAAGUGGCUUGUAAAGACACCAAAUGAUUCCAUGAGAAACAAUUUGCUAUAACUAUUUCCAUCCAUUUUAGGAGAGAGAAGCAGAACUGAAGAGUUACUGUUUUAAAUGGCAUUGUCAGGGUGGAGAAAACCUGAUAAUUGGUAUUGUAAUCUUCACUGUCAGAUAUAUCCAGUGUAGUCACUGCUGUGUAUGCUGCUGGGUAAAUUUCUGUCUUUCUUAUUACAAAUAUUUGUACUAUGAAAUGGCCAAGGUUACACAGACUAUGUUUAUUUGUAUGUGUUCAAUUAGCCAUUUUUAAUGUGAACAUUUUUUAUUAGUGAAAUAUUCAAUACCUAUUGUUCUUUGCUGGGGCAAGUUCCUCAAAACAAAAACCUGUGGAAGUGCAGGAAUCUGCAAAGCAGAGGGAACUUUACACAGAUCAGAAAAAACCUAUGCUUCAGGGGUUUCCUAGGUAUUUUCAAAUUAAGCAAUGGCCAACUGCCUCUAUAAAUUUUUUUUAAAAUAAAACAAAUCUUUGAUAGUCCAAACCUGAAGCUUUUUCCAAAGUGAUUACCUUUUUCUUCAUGGAGAUACAGCUGAUUAUUCAGAGAAAAGCACUCAUUGGUUUUUUUCAGAAAAUAUACCACUGCAAAAACUGCUAAAAAAGGUUUUGGGAACAAGUCCUUUGUCCUGUCAUAUUCAAUAGACCCUGCAGUCCAGAAUCAAGUUCUAGUUCACACAAGGGUAUUGCUGCUUUUCUUUACAAAGAAGCUCUGUGAUCCAAGAUGUGAGGGUUUCUUUUGGAGGCAGUUUGAAGUGUUGGCUGCUGCUUUAACAACUCGGAAAUUGAAGCCUGAGUGAGGCACAGUGGGCAGCCUUCCCAAGCUUCAGUCUCCCACCAGCACCUCCUGGGGAGAGGGGCAGCAUCGCUGCUGCAGCGAGGCUCUUCCUCUUGUGAUGUGCUUCUCAGCCUCUGUGAGCUGUGAGCCCUUUGGGCAGGCUUGCAGAACUGAGGAAAGGCUGCUUCAUAUGGAAUUUAAAGAGUUAAGGUCUUCACCAGUGCUGAAGAAGGUUUCUGAAGAAGGUUUUGGAUGAGUUUGUUUGAUUUGUUUUUAUUUGGUUUUGGAAGGAAGGACACAGAAUUAUUUGUCCAUGUGGUUUUUCAUGCCUAGCAUUUAUUUUCUUUAGUCUCACAGCAUUUUAAUUUUUUUUAAACUAGUGUUUGCAAAAAUGUUUGUCUUAAGCAAAUUGCUGCAGGGUGUGAGUGCAGAGUGACAUAUAUGUGUGUUUGUGUAUAUAUAUUUAUAUAUAUGCAGCACUAUGUAUAUACACCUUGUCCUCAGAAUUCAAUCUGGCAGUUUGAGGCAAGCGUAGAAGUUAUUAUGCACUAAGUCAAAAUUUGGUCUCCAAAAUCUUGCUGUCUUACAUUCAUAACAUCAGUGUUACCUGCACUGAGAACAGGGCAGUGACUGAAAUCUGAACACUCUGAUGACUCCAUGGACAGUUUCCUAAUGUGUAUUGCUGUGAGUAGUCACAUUAAAAGCUGUAAGAUUUUUUUUUUUUUUACAGAAAUUUCCAAGAUUAAACACAGUCCAUGCUGAAAUUCCAUUAUGGCCUUAUGGACAGUUAAUAAUCAAUAUGCACUCUUCUUUUUGCCACAGACAGUUCUAAAACCAAUAAAGUUCUACUGAGACAGCAAUAGCAAAAAUAAAAUUUUUAAAAGGACUUGUAAAAACCCCAAACUUUUGCUUUUGAAAUAAUGAAAACUUCAGGCCUUUUAAAUUUCAUAUCAGAAUACAGGAAAUUUAAAAAGUUCAUAUUUUCAUAUUUACAUUCUGCUAAAGAAAAGCAAUCACAUCUAUUUGUUAGAAGUAAGACUUACAGGAGCAUUGCUCUAAUGAACCAAACAAACUUAGCAGUAGAUUUAAUGGUAAUUUAUCUGGUUAAAAACUUGGUCCUAAAAUUUUGAGAGUGUGGAUUUUUCUGUUGCAGAAAAGACAAACUACUAUCACUAAUUAAAUAAAGGUGAUGUAUACCCAUGUUCA